AUGAUCACUAAAUUCAACAAGACACAUCGCAUCUUGGAAUUCCCUCCAGGAGCAUUUGUCAUGGCCAAAGAUGAGUCGGCAAAAGGCUCUUUUGAUCCACCUUAUGAGGGUCCAUUCAAGAUUAUUCGCCGCACCACUCGUGGCUCAUAUGUCCUACGAGUUGCUAUGAACCGUAUAUUGGCUCGCAAUUAUGCUCCAGAACAGAUGAAGCUCGUCACGCAAUCUGUCGAUGUUCAGUCCCAUGAAAACGAUCACUUUCUGUUCAUCAGUGAGUGA